ACAGGAGGGACGCGGCCAGAGUGGGACGCUGUAAUUCCACUCCCUUGCAAUUUAGUGUGUAGGAGGCCUUGAUAUCCCUCCAGCACGCCCUGGCGGCCAUGCACAGAGGGUGAGGAGUGUGCCAGCGGGAAGGGCGGGCGUGGACGUCUGCUGAGACACGAGAAAGAGAAAAAAAAUAACCUCGGCCCUUCACUACCGUCUACACCGAACGUUUGCCAGCCAGUCCACAACGUUUGCCAGCCAACCUCAACGUUUACCAGCCAACCCCAACGUUUGCCAGCCAGUCCACAACGUUUGCCAGCCAACCUCAACGUUUACCAGCCAACCCCAACGUUUGCCAGCCAGUCCACAACGUUUACUAGCCAACCUCAACGUUUGCCAGCCAGUCCACAACGUUUACCAGCCAGUCCACAACGUUUACCAGCGAACCCCAACGUUUGCCAGCCAACCUCAACGUUUACCAGCCAACCCCAACGUUUGCCAGCCAGUCCACAACGUUUACCAGCCAGUCCACAACGUUUACCAGCCAGUCCACAACGUUUGCCAGCCAGUCCACAACGUUUACCAGCCAGUCCACAACGUUUACCAGCCAACCUCAACGUUUGCCAGCCAGUCCACAACGUUUGCCAGCCAGUCCACAACGUUUGAAGAGCAGCUAUCAACGUUUUUUGUGCAUCUGAGGAGCUGUCGCAGCCUUGAACUGUUCCCUCUGUGUUCAAAGAAUACAGCGGCAGGAUGGAGGAGGGAGUGUUGUGCCUCAAGUGGAGGGAUCAUCAUUCAACUUUCCUUCGCAUGCUUUCCUCUACAAGGAAAAAGGGAGCAUUCUGUGAUGCCACACUGGUCUGUGAGGGCAAGUUUUACCCUGUACAUCAGCUAGUCCUCUCCACCUGCAGUGAAUACUUCCAGCAGAUGUUUGAUGUCAUAGGGGCAGGGACCAGUAAGAUGGCAGGGCUUGUCCAUACCACUGUGCCUCUUAUGGUGGUGUUGGCAGGAGUCUCCCAACGUGACCUUGAAGCCCUGCUGGAGUACAUGUAUGCUGGCGAAACUACCAUACUUCAAGGGGAGCUCACCCACUUCAUGAGGGCUGCAGAAGGCCUCAAAAUUCGUGGCCUGGCAGAGCAAACUCCUGCAGCUCCAGUUACUGCCUCACCAAGAGAAGCUGGAGAGGGCACAAAGAGGCCUAUCUCUCAGUGUGAAGACACCUGGGGGCCAAAAAGGAAAAGAGAGUGUGGAGGUAGCCAGAAGACACCAAAACGAAGGACCUUAGAGGACAUAGUUUCCCCAGCUCAACUGGCUGCCGUGGAGCUGGCCCCUGAGGAACAGUGUGGAAUGGAGCGAGACAUGGCUACAGGCACUCCCGGUGACCUCCCAGGGGCUGUGGCUCCUUUGUCGCCACCUGUUUUCCAUCCAGAGGUUAAGUAUGAAGAGGUGCAGGUGAAGUAUGAACCUCAGCACCUUGAAGAGGAGGAAGAGACCACAAACCAGGAAAGAGAGUGGAGCCAUCAUCAAGGGAAGAGGCAGCAUCGGCAACACAAGGCAACGGCUCCAGAGGAUGGGGGAGAUACAGCACAGCUCUUAGGGUUUUGUGACCCUGGCCUCACCUACCUGGCUCACUCCUCAGGGCUUGGGGCGCUGACUGACCCUGGGCAUCCCUCACAUCACCCAACCAACCUCCAUCCAAGGAGAAUGGGCCGUCCCACUUCAGAAAUAUGGCUCCACUACAUUAUUGAGAGGGCUGCGGGGAAGACUGCCGUGUAUUGCCGUUAUUGCACACAAAAGUAUGGCUACCCUAAUGCAACAAAGAUGAAGAUACACACCAUGAAGUGUGCCAAGUGCCCAGAGGAUGUGAAGAGUCAGUUUGAGGGAACAAUGAAGCCAGAUGCAGCUGAGGGUCAAGACAUCACCUUGGGAAGGCUUGGCAGUGAUGGGGGAGUGACUGCUAAGCCAGAUCCUGUUCAACAGUAUCAGCUUCACCAGUCCCAGCAAGCUAUGGAGAAGUCCAAUGAUGGCAAAAAUGCUGCAGGUAGAGCCAAGUCAGGGUUUCCCAGGGCAGAAGUGUGGGUAGAUAAUUCUUCCAUUAGUGUAAAAGCAGGCUGCCAAAGCUCUGAAAAUUCCUCUCCCACAAAAUCGCAGAAUUCGGCUCAACAGGAUGCUCUUUCAAAACACGAGGGAAUUUCUGCUUCAAAGUCCAAACAGAGACCGUAUCCAAGUCCAGAAAAGUCAGCAGCAUCAAAAGUUUCCUCUUUAAGCCCUGAGAAAACCCACUCCGAGAAUGUCAUGCUUCCCUCCAAGGCGCAGCAGCAGCAGCACUCAAAACCUUUGUCUCGACCGGAUGACAGAGUGUCUUUGAGAUCAGAACAAUUGUGUCACCCUCCCGUGUUUUAGUGUGUGUGUGUGUGUGUGUAGAAUGUAUUUUUAAUGGCCAAUUCCUUCCUAUAGUUAAAAUGUUGGUGUAAACUGAUACAGCAUUUAUGGGUCUCUCAAUUUGAUUAGUGGAUACAGUGACUGAUGUGCUUCCCCCCCCUCUCUCUCUCUCUCUCUCUCUCUCUCUCUCUCUCUCUCUCUCUCAUGUACACACACACAGACACAUAGACACACACACACAGCUCAAUUGGUUAGAGUGCUGUGCUGCCAGGCUUCACAGCCUGACAGGCAGCGGUUUGAGCCCCGCUGAGGCCGGAAUCUUUCCACUGACAAGGAUUGGUUAGUCUCCCCCUGAGUAAGGGGGAUGGGGUGUGUGAGGUCCUGGCAGUAUCCAUAGAUCGACUAUAACGAGCAUGAGCUCAUGUCCUCCUCUUGUCGGGAGGUUACUUGCUGGCGAGUCCAACUCAUGAUCAGGCUGUAGUGAAUUACACUCACAAAAGAGUAGGACCCAGUGAGUAACAAUAAAAACAACAAGAAAAGUUAAAUGAGCAUACUUUUAGCAGGCUGAAGUCAUUGAAAAUGGGGAGAUAAUAAUGUAAACAGCCUUUCAUUAUCUUCACAAAUACUAUAACCCGUCCACUGCGAUUGGCACGGAUUUCCCUUCACUGGUAGCCUGGUAACAUACAUUCCCAGGUCUUUCUCUGCCUCUGUGGUGGAUAGUGGAGUGUUUCCCAUGUAGUAUUGGUAUACUGGAUAUCCCCUCCCAAGGUGCAUGACUUUACAUUUUAUUUAUUUAAUUGUAGCAGCCACUUUUUGUUCCACUCCUGAAGCUUGGUGAUGUCUUCUGGUAGGAAAUCCACAGUCAAGGGGUUAAAUGGAGCCUUCCAUCAUGUUUCAAGGCAUAAAGUAACAGCCAUUGCUGAUUCUAGUCAUCUGGGAGCACUAAGCAGAUAAUGAUUUGAAGCUCCAUAAUGUGCCUGCUCCUAUAUUUACAUAGUGUUAUAUUACAUUAUCUUAAUAUAUCAAAUUGAUAUUAAUAUUCAUUUUUUUUAUGGACCUCUGUGGGCUAGUGGUCAGUGUGCCUGGCUACCACUCUGUGGGCCUGGGUUUGAAUCCUAGCCCGGGCAGUCAGCGUGCAGCUCACCCAGCUGUUCAGCCUCCCUUUCAGGCUGAUCAAUAAAUGGAUACUUGGGGAAGGUAAACUAUGGGAAUUCCGGAUUUCACAUUGGCCUGUGUGGCAGGGUAAUUGGUUGUUAUCUACCACAGGCUCAUCAGAAAAACUGUAAUAACACAGUGAAAACAUCCCCUCAUGAACACCACUGAGUGCCGGGGAUCGAACCCGUACCUUCUGAGUAGAAGUCAGGGCAGCAUAUUGACUACACCAGCGAAGAGCAUUUCCAACUGUCACGAGUGUGGGUGGGGUCACCUUCACCUUCAUGCCCACAGUGCAAGGUGGUGGCGUCAGGUAUAGCUCGCAGAAGCGUCCUCUGGUGCGGUGAACUUUUAGCUCAUUGGUGGUGUAGUUGGUAUGCUGCCCUGACUUCUCAAAAGGCCUGGGUUUGAUCCCCAGCACUCGGUGGUGUUCAUUACGGAUACCAUGGGCUCAAAAGGCAAACAGAUCGGAGAUGAGCACCACAGUCACACGCAGCUAUAGUGUAUGCACCCACUUUACCUUUACCUACUGACAAGUGAUCCAGUGUAUUGCUUGUACAUGGAUGCAGCUGAUGCAGCCGCAUCCGGGGAGCCUGCUGUCAGUGACGGGUGCAGGACAAAGCCUACGGGACCCCUGCACCUUGAAGGAGGAAGGGCCCCCUAGCCCCUCCUUUUGUUUUCGGGGUGGCCGGGGUGGUGCAGAGGCUGCGCCCGCCCGCAGAACCAGGCCCGGGGUUAACCUUUGGAGGGCUCUGCGUGUGGUCUCCUGGGACGUCCGGAGCCUCUUGGACGAUGAUCAAAUGCCCUACUUAUCAAAUGAGCUCAGAAGGCUGAGGGUGGACAUAGUUGGACUCUGAGACGAGGAGGCCUGGCAAUGGUGAGAUCAGUAAGGGGGGAUUCACCUUUUACUGGUCCGGCAUGAGCAAUGGCUUCCGUUUCAAGGGGGUAGCUAUGGGCAUCUCCAGCUAACUGCUUCCAUUUGUGGGUGAGGUUGCUCCGGUUGAUGAGUGUAUAAUGCGAGACUGAAGCACACACUGGGCUUCUUGUCUCUUGUAGCAGUGUGCACUCCUACUGAGAUGUGAGCAACUGAAGAGAAGUUCUACGCCAAACUUGACUCUAUUAGACCAGUGCCCUCCCCGGGACACAAUCAUUGUCUUAGGCGACUUAAUACUACUACUGGCACUGACAGGGUUGGCUACAAGCUAUGUGUUGGUCCUCAUGGUUCUGGAACUGGAAACAUCAACAGCUCUCUCCUGAGUAUAGUGAUGCCGGAGGGGUAGCUAAGGAGAUUGACCACAUCCUCGUAAGUACUCGUUGGAGGAUCCUUCAGAACUGCAGGGUUUUCCGAAGUGCUGAGUUCUUUGGAACUGAUCAUAGGCUUGUUGUUGCAACAUUCAAGCUUCAUGUCAGGUCAAAAAGAAUCUCGAGAUGCAUCAUCACUGUGUUCCAUCUCGAAAGGCUGUAAGACCUUGCAUGUGUUCUGGAGUAUGCUGUGACAGUCUCAAAUUGGUUCAGCGUGAUCAGCACCCUUGAGGACCCUGUAGAACUGUGGGAUACCUUCAAACAUGAGACUCUGCGAGCUGCCAAGGAGUGCAUUAGAGAGCACCCGAGAUCUAGGAGUGGGUUUGCCUUGGUGAAGAAGCUGGAGAAUAUUGAGGAGAGUCACCCUGCCAAACUUGCUGGGAACCGGGACCAAAACAGGGUUCUGUCAUGUAGGAUUAGGGCUCUCCUGAGGAGAGACAAGGAGAGGUAUGUCAGGGGCCUCGCUGAGGAAGUCGAGGACCAUUUAAAUGUGAAUGACCUCUGACCUUCUUACCGAGUCCUGAAGAAACUCCACCUCUAGCCUCCCUCUCAGGUGAGCACUAUCAUAACAGCUGAUGGCUGCCUCAUGUCGAACAUGGGCAGAGGGCUCGUUGGGCUGAGUACUUUGAGCAGUUGUACACAGUGGACCCUCUAAGUGGGCAGCUUCCAGUUGCUGGGUUGCAGGUGGCAGAUGAUGAUCCAUCCAUCGACGAAAGCCCACUCUCUCUUGACGUGGUCGGAGAGGCUGUGGCAAAGUUGAGGGGUGGAAAGGCACCUGGGAUCCGUAACACCAGUGCAGAUCUGCUCAAAGCUGGAGGUGAGGCCAUGAUCCCCGGGUUGCAUGCAGUCUAGACUGCCAUAUGGCAGUCCAGUACCAUUCCUCCUGACUGGAAGAGGGGGCUGGUCAUCCCUAUCUGGAAAGGGAAAGGGGACCAUCAGGACUACAACAACUACCGUGGUGUUACACUGCUCAUUGUGCCAGGCAAGGUACUUGCCCACCUAUUGCUGGUGUGAAUUCACAUCCAGCUGCUGAAGCUGCAGAGAUGUGAGCAGUCUGGGUUCAUGCCUGGUAAGUUUACAACUGACCAUAUCCUAGCGCUUCACGUACUGGUGGAGCACCGACGUGAGUUUUGACAGGGGAUGCUUGCAGCCUAUGGCAAUCUCAAGAAAGCAUUUGACUUAGUGCAUUGCGAGAUACUCUGGGAUCUUCUGCGACUCUGUAGGAUUCCUGCAAGGACUAUUGGUUUGCUGACUGGCCUGUAUUCUGGGACAGAGAGUGCUGUGAAGUGUGGGGGGGCCUUGUCCAGCUUCUUUCCUGUGAAUGCGGGAAUGAGGCAGGGCUGUGUCCCUGUCCCAUUGUUUUUCAACACUUGUAUGGACUGGGUGCUGGGCAGAGUUGUGGACCAGUCAUUGCAGAGCAUCUAUUGGCAAUACCAGGGUCACUGACCUUGUUAUGCUGUUGAUGCAGUAAUCCUUGUGGAGUCGCUGGAGGUUUUGGUGAUGGCUCUCGAGGCACUGCAUGAGGAGGCGAAGCCCUUGGGACUUGAGGUCUCCUGGGCCAAGACCAAGGUACAGGUGUUUGGAGGCUGCUAGAUGAAACACUACAAUCUGUACAUGCGUGUGGCGAGGACAUUGAGAUCUCAGAAAAUUUCACAUACAGUUGAUGGUGUAGUUCAGAACAACAGUGGAUUGGCCUGGCCCACGGUGUUAUGGACUUGCUCAGCAUGAGUAUGUGGUAUUGUCGAUACCUGUACAGAAAGAUCUGGAUCUUGAAGUCCCUUGUGCUUCCUGUCUUACUCUAUGGCUGUGAGACAUGGAGACAAAAUGGGGACUUGGAGAGGCAGAUUGAUGCCUUUGGUAAUAAAUGUCCACACAGAAUCAUGGGAUAUCAUUGGAAUGACUUUGUGUUGAACCAGCGACUUCUCCGUGAGACUGAUUUGACAUAUAUUACCUUCAUAGUCCGUCAGCGCCAACUCCGACUAUACGGGCACGUGGCACGUUACCCUGAAGCUGAUCCUGCUCAUUGGGUUGUUUCUGUAAGAGACAAUCCUGAGUGGAGGAGGCAAGGGGACACCCAUGGAGUUUGUGGUUUGAGAAAGUCGAUGGAUUCUGCCGGGAGGUACUCAGGAUGGGAAGGGGGCCUGCAGUAAGACUCACCUGGAGGGACCCCCAGACUUGGUAUCGUAGGGUGGGCAAGGCGACGAGCCCCCUGGCGUAUGCCGACAUUGAUUGAUUGAUUGUACUUAACAUCUUCAAUCUCAUGACAUAUCUUUGUCAUACUGUAAUCAGUCUACCAUAAGAAACAAAUUUGUAUAGUCUAUGUACUGAGUAGUUGGCUGAAACUCAACCCACCAGGAGGGACCAGAUGCUAGUGUCAUCUUUCUAGGAGCAUACUGGUUGACAGAAAUUUGUGGAAAGAGUAAACCUGACAGGUUUUCCUUAUAUCAGCAAUAAUGUGUAGAACAUAAGCAUUAAGGUUAUCAGAAAUAUGAAUUUAUCUCAAAUAUUUUGUUUAGAUUCUCUGACAAAAAGAGAAAUGCAUACCUGUAAGGAAGGUGCAAAUAAUUAGCUUGGAGAACGAAGCUAAUAAAGAGGUACCUCCUUGGCCUCAGCAGUAAGACAGAGGAAACAGCACAGCUAUGUCCCCCUAAAGGCAGGUGAGCGAGAUAUGAACGCCUUGCCUCCCUAGAGAUGUAGACACCUGCUCUCUCUCUCUCUCUCUCUCUCUCUCUCUCUCUCUCGAUGGAUAGGUAGAUGGAUAGACCAGAUGGACACAUGGAUUGACAUAUGAGCAUAGAGGGAGAGAAAGAGGGAGGCUUAUCUCUCCCACCGUAAUCAUAAAUAUAACCCUGAAUCAAAGGGGUUAAAACUCGCACAAGAAGCAUGACAUCAAACACUGUCCCCUUAGUCGACCUUUCCCAGGCUGGAACGUCAACACUCGGUGCACACAGGGGCUGAAGAACUCUUGGUCACCAACAGCUGAAUGCUACAUCAGUGAAUAAUGCAGUAAUAAAGUGUCCCAUAAACAGCAA